UUCUUCUUCUUCACUGUAGCCUAGCUGAAGCUCCUCGAUUCCUUCUCGCCCUAUAAUAAGUUCGAGGAUUUGAGCUUACAGAAGAGAAUAGGAAGAAGAAAAAUGGAAGCAAUAUCCUUCAAGAAUCUUCACAGCAGAGAAUACCAAGGUCACAAGAAAAAGGUGCAUUCGGUGGCUUGGAACUGUCUUGGCACGAAGUUAGCUUCUGGGUCUGUUGAUCAGACGGCUCGUAUUUGGCACAUUGACCCACACAGCCAUGGAAAGGUUAAAGACAUUGAAUUGAAGGGACAUACAGAUAGUGUAGAUCAAUUGUGUUGGGAUCCAAAACACUCCGAUUUAAUUGCAACUGCAUCAGGGGACAAGACUGUUCGUUUGUGGGACGCUCGCAGCGGGAAGUGUUCGCAACAAGCAGAACUUAGUGGUGAGAACAUUAACAUCACUUACAAGACUGAUGGGACUCACAUUGCUGUCGGGAACAGGGAUGAUGAACUAACCAUACUUGAUGUCAGAAAGUUUAAAGCUAUCCACAAGCGCAAAUUCAAUUACGAGGUAAAUGAGAUUGCCUGGAAUAUGGCAGGGAACUUAUUCUUUUUGACUACUGGAAAUGGAACGGUUGAAGUACUAUCCUACCCGUCUCUUCGUGCUGUUGAAACGGUUACAGCUCAUACAGCUGGUUGUUAUUGCAUUGCAAUUGACCCAUUAGGAAGAUAUUUUGCUGUUGGAAGUGCGGAUUCAUUGGUCAGCCUAUGGGAUAUAUCUGAGAUGCUCUGUGUUCGGACAUUCACAAAGCUUGAGUGGCCAGUGAGGACGAUAAGCUUCAACCACACAGGAGAAUAUAUUGCUUCUGCCAGUGAAGACCUAUUUAUUGACAUAUCAAAUGUCCAAACUGGACGAUCGGUCCAUCAAAUUCCAUGUCGAGCUGCCAUGAAUAGCGUUGAGUGGAACCCCAAACAGAACCUGCUUGCAUGCGCUGGGGAUGACAAAAACAAGUACCAGGCUGAUGAAGGUGUUUUCCGGAUAUUUGGCUUUGAUAGUGCGUAGAAUUUGGAAAAUGCGCCACAACCUUGAGACGGAGGAGAAGAGGGUAGUUGGGGGGUUGACUUUGUUAAGUAUUUUGCUCGUUUCUGAUUGAGAUUUUGGUUUAAAUGUACUCGAACUUGUAUCCAUAGACUUUGUCUGAGAUUUAUUGUUUACUGAAAUGGGUGUCUUGAAAAUAAACCAAAUGAGAAAAAUAAAGGAAAUUAUCAAAUGGAAAUGACACUUGGGUUUU